UUCUCGUUUUCAUUUCCUUCAAGCACCCUCCUGCACUUGAGGCCUUCCAACAACAACACAGGAUUAGAAGGCACCAUGUCCUGCUGGUGGGUGAUACUGGGGAUCAUGUCGGCGAUUGCGGAGGCCAGACCAUCAGAGUCAGAGCGUGUGACCAUCGAUUUAUCCGCCCUACGUCCUUCUUUGCCUGGGCUAGUUCUGUACAAAUAUGGCGAUGUCGCACCCAAAUUGGUGCAAGUCGACCUGUCUGCUCUGAAUCCCCAAUUGCAGCCACAUGUCAUAUGGCCUCAGUUUGAUGAGCUGGAUCUCGAUGAACGAAAUUUCGAUAUGGACAAUGUCGACGCCAUUCCUUAUCUCUCAGAAGAGGACACCCUCAUGUACAACAGCUAUCCCAAGCAUCAGUCUCAGCGCAUGAUGGGCAGAAUAAGUGGACAUUGGCUGGACAAUGGAGGCCGCUCGGACAUGUACGAUUUCGUUGCAGAUUCUCCUGACCAACAGCUGCUUUCACUGCAUGGAAGCUUGCCCGUGGCUGACGAAGUGAUUGUACCUCUGGACUGGGAAGAGGAGGAAACGAAGCAGAAAGGGAAGAAGAGGAACGUUUUCCUGACCAAUGGUUGGGCAGCUGCUGGAAAAAAAGAACUCAAGAACAGGCCUCAACCUCCUAAUGUACUUAAAGGUAUUUCUUCCAGUCCCAACAGUUAUUUCACAACGAAACCAGCUCAAGAGCGCCCUUCUUUGCGCAGGCGCGAAAGGGAAUCUGAACAAAACCACUCUGUCUCCAGAAGUCACCAAGCAAUGGAAGACGCCAAAUCCAAAUCAUCUGCAUCUCCUCAGAACGCAAAGGCGGAGACAAAGGUUACCAGCCAAGAGUCAUGGUCAGUGCCUAGACAGUACUGGUCAAUCCCUCACUUUUUUGUGGGAAACUGGAAAUAAAGAGAAGGCUGCACAAAAAAAAAAGCCUUAAGAAACAUGACCUUGAGGCUCCCAUUAAUUGAAAGAUGACAAUUUCGGUGUUCCAUAUUGAUGUACAUUUCAGAAAAUUCAUGCAAAAACGUGUAUUUCGCAAA